AUGAUAAACUCCACAGAGGUCUCAUAUUUCACACUGGCUGCUUAUUUUCAUAGUGGAACUUUUAAAUACUUCUAUUUUAUGAUUCUCGUGUCUUUAUAUGUUUUUAUUAUUUGUUCCAAUGUGUUGCUGAUUGUGGUUAUCUGUCUGAACAGGAGCUUACAUGAACCUAUGUACAUUUUUCUGUGCAGCCUGUUUGUAAAUGAGCUGUAUGGUAGUACAGGGUUGUUUCCAUUCCUUCUGGUUCAGAUCCUCUCUGACAUUCACACUGUUUCUGCUCCUUUUUGUUUCCUGCAGAUUUAUUGCGUACAUACUUAUGGAGCAAUUGAAUAUUUAAACUUAGCUGUCAUGUCUUAUGACAGAUAUCUUGCUAUCUGUUACCCUCUACAAUAUAACACACGAAUGACAUCCAACAAAAUUGCCACACUUAUUGCUCUAACAUGGUUAUACCCUUUACUUGCAUGUAUUGUCUAUAUAUUCUAUUUGAAUUCCCAUUCACAGCUGUGUGGGAACAUCAUUUACAAAGUUUACUGUGAUAGCCACUCUGUGGUCAAGCUGGCAUGCUCAGAGACACUUGUAGUAAAUACAUAUGGGCUCAUUCUGUCUUUUGGCAUAAUCUUUGGAGCUUUAAUCUUUAUUCUUUACACUUACAUGAAGAUUCUUCUAGUGUGUUUUUCUGGUUCUAAACAGACAAGACAGAAAGCUGUCAGUACCUGCACACCUCAACUCGCUUCCAUCUUUAACUUUUCUGUUGGAGCUAGCUUUGAAUUAAUACAAAGCAGGUUUAAUAUGAACCGUGUACCCAAUAUGUUGCGAAUUUUUUUAUCCUUAUACUUUCUGACAUGUCCACCGCUCAUUAACCCUUUAAUGUACGGACUGAAAAUGUCCAAAAUCCGUGUCAUAGGUAAAAGUCUAAUGUCCAAUGUAGGCUAUUAA